AUGGAACAACAGCUCAACCUCGGACAUCUCAUCACGGCAGCUCGUCUGUUCGAUAUCACAACUCUUGAUAUUGCAUCUCUGGAUCUGGGAGCUCUGACCUCCAGCGCCUCCUCCCCAGGAUCCACUUCCCCAGUCAUGUUCGACCUUUCAAAUGGUAAGGUACUUCUUGGCCUCUUGUCACAUUCUCAACUCUUCUCUUUUAGAGUCUGAACUCCGAUCCUUGUUCUGUGGAAAGCUCGGACUAGACAGGAAAACCACCUCCUGCUCCAGUGCCUCCACCUCAUCCCAUCCUUACUGUAGCUCUCCGCCAACAAGGAAAUCGUCUAAACACAGUCGCGCUGCUCACAAUGAGCUCGAGAAGAACCGCAGAGCCAACCUCCGUGGAUGUCUCGAAACGCUGAAGAUGAUGGUGCCUUGCAUCAGCGACGCGAUGCGGAACACCACGCUUGCCCUGUUGACUCGAGCCAGGGAUCACAUCAUUGUAAGUUGCGUCCACGUGCGUCCAACGUGUUAUCAUUGUCGUGUGACAAUAGCGACCUUUCUUCCUUUCUUUCUAUCUUCCACCUACGUCUUGUGACCCUAGCCACUAGUCCUUGUUUCUUGACGAAGAUGAUGAUGCAAAGUGCCUUCUUGUUUCCGUUUUCUAAUUAGUACCACUAGUUCUGAAAUAAAAGAUGAGGAAGAGUGGUUUCACCACAAAAAAGUCAAAAAGUUAUUUUUGUUCAUUAUCACAUUUUGCAGGAACUUCAAGAAGGGAAUGAUGUCCAAGCGAAACAACUUCAAGAUCUGAAAGAGGAAAACGACGUGUUGGCUGCAGAACUCGCUCAACUUCAAGCUGACGAGGAAGUCGCUCAAAUGACAAGUCAACUCACCCAAACUCAACCUCAAAGUCGGCCCGAGUCUAGAGAGUCAUCGUUCACUUCGACUUCAUCUCGCGACUCACCCUGUUACCUGGAGUACUCACCAUCCAGCAAACCAAUGGAGUCUCACAAGCCGAACAUGAUCGACCUCUUCGCGGAAGGACUUAUUCCACGGGGCCCGAUCCCAUUCCCGCGACCUCUUGCUUACCCUCAGACCGUUUUUGAUCUCCUGAAUCUUCCUGCUACUCCAUUUGACGUGUCGCAGUUCUUGCCUAUCAACCUCCAAGUCUAA